AUGAUUGGUUGCUUUAAAACAGAACAAAAACUGAGCUAUCCUGUGGUGAAGGUUGUGAAAUGCUUUGUCAGUACCGUUGUUGAUGGCGUUAUUGAUGACCUGAUAGAGAAGGAUGUUUUGAGUCCAAAUGAGGUGAAGCAUUUGGGAAAAGAAUUUUCAACAAUUAUGAACCAAAGUGAAGGCCUAGUUGAUACACUGGAUCACAUAAUUCGAGGAAGCCAAAUCAUUAUGAAGAAAUUAUUACUUCCAUAUUUACCAGGAAAUUCGGGAAGUCAAAGGGAAGAGAAAGAGUUGGAUGUUUUCAAGAAGUCAAAGGAAAUGCAUCCCAUUUUAUCAGCUCUUGAGACCAUAUGCAAUUCUUCAGGAUCUGUUCAAAGUUAUCGAAAGAGACUCAGCAAUACCAUCUUCCAGUUCUUUAAGAAGAUUGAUUCUAAUGCAAUACAAGCUGCUGCACCUCCAAACCAGAUCAAGCUUUGCCGUCCAGAUUUUUACCAUGGACUGAAGGAAGCAAAGGAGGGAGAUAUAUAUCCAAUCAUGGAAAAGGGGACCCGUAUACGCCUAGCCCUUAUCAUCUGUAAUAUUUUAUUUGACUCUCUUGAUGAACGACAAGGGGCUCACCUUGACAUUUGGGGAAUGUGGAAGCUACUUGAAAAUCUUGGCUAUAAUGCCAUUGUCAAAACAAACCUUACAGCUCAGAAAAUGGAGUCAGUGUUGAAGGAUUUUGCUAAUCGCCCAGAACAUUGGUCCUCUGACAGCACCUUCCUGGUGUUCAUGUCUCAUGGCCUCUUGAAUGGUAUCUGUGGGAUAGAGCAUUCAAAAGAAAAACCAGACCUUCUGGCCACAGAUACUAUCUUCCAGAUUUUUAAUGAUAGCAACUGUCCUAGUCUAAAAGGAAAACCAAAGGUCAUCAUCAACCAAGCAUGUAGAGGGGAGCAACUUGGAAUCACAUAUGUAAUGGACACACCAGAGUCUUCAGUAGGCUCUCCUGACCAACCUAUGCAAGAUUCAGGGAAUAAUCUACUGGAACAGAAACUCCUGGAGAAAGACUUCAUUUCCUUUUGCUCUACAACACCACAUAAUGUUUCUUGGAGAGUUGAUAUAUUGGGUUCUGUCUUCAUCAAUGAACUCAUUUACUGCUUCCAACAAUAUGCCUGGUGCUGUCACCUGGAGGAAGUUUUCCGCAAGGUCCAGAAGUCAUUUGAAAUACCAAAAAGCCUUGUCCAGAUGCCCACCAUUGAAAGACAGUCCAUGUCAAGAUAUUUCUAUCUUUUCCCAGGAAUAUGAAAUUAAGCAGCAAUACUAACAAUGAACAGCAAUUCAGGUGAAAAUAUGCUAUAUGGUCUUAAAGAACUUCUUAUUUCCAGAACUACAUUGAAUAAUGUAGAGUGUUUUUCAAACGUGGUGGCUAAUAAAAUAUUUUUAAUGGUCA